AAUCUAAGAUGGCUCCGAUCGAAAACGUGAGUGACGGGUGGUCUCGGUGGCAAAUAGCGCUUGCAGUAGGUGCCCCAGUAUGUCUAGGUCUUGCAGGCCUGUGGCUCAUGAGACGAAGAUCACAGCGUGCUUCAGAAGUUAAAAAUAAAGCUGUCGAAGAUGUGGAAAACAGUGCUAAACCAAAACCGGAAGUUGCAGAAAAGGAACCCUUAGAGAAGGCCCAGAGCCACAAAAACAAGGGCAACAAGUACUUCAAGGGUGGAAAAUAUGACCAGGCUAUCGACUGCUAUACUAAAGCCAUUGAGGUCUGCCCUGACAUUAACAAACAGGAGAUUUCAACAUUCUACCAAAACAGGGCAGCUGCUUAUGAACAACUGAAAAGCUUUUCUUCUGUUGUGGAGGAUUGUACAAAGGCUAUUGAAUUAAAUAAUCGUUACAUCAAAGCUUUGUUCCGGAGAGCAAAAGCCAAUGAACAUAUAGGCAAUCUCUCAACUUGUCUUGAAGAUUGUACUGCAGUAUGUAUACUAGAGAGCUUCCAGAAUCAGACCAGUCUGGUCAUGGCUGAUAGGGUCUUGAAACAACUGGGCAGGGUCAAAGCAAAGGAAGCAUACAAUAGUCGAGAACCAGUGCUUCCAGCUAAACAUUUCAUUAGGAUUUACUUCUCUGCAUUUGCCAAUGAUCCAAUAAUCUCCAUGCUCAACAAGGACAAGAACAAGGCUCACAACACAUCCACUGAAGAUAUAGUAAUAGAAGGACCUUCAGAUGAUAGUGAACCAGAGAAGGACAGGGAUGAGACACCUGAGAAGCUGCAAGGAAACACUCCCUUUGAUGAAGUGAAAAGAUGCCUUGGAAAGGAAGAAUAUAGCAAUAUUAUUAGACUCUGUACAGAGGAGUAUCAGGCUUCCCAGAAUCCAGAGGCCCUUCUUGUCAAAGCAACCUUCCAUCUUCUUCAAGGUCAAGGUCACACUGCAAUUGCUGAUUUUGACAAAUUGCUCGAGAUGGAUAACUUAGAUAAAAGAAUCAAAUCCAAUGCUUUAAUAAAGAGGGGCAGUUUGAAGCUUCAACAAACCAAAGAAGCAGAGGCUAUUGAAGACUUUAAGAAAGCUGUAGAGGUUGAUCCUGAAAACUCUGAUAUCUACCACCACAGAGGACAGUUAAACCUAUUACUUGACAAGAUGGAUGAUGCCGUAAAGGACUUUGAGCAUGCAUGUGAACUCAGUCCAGGAUUUGCUGUGGCAGAAGCCCAGAGAAUAUACACAAAGUACCGCAAUGCAAUGAGAACCAUGAUGGCUCCUACAUCUAUUCAAGAGGUCAUGGCACAGUUUGAGAAACUACUAGAGCGUUUCCCAGAGUGUUCAGAAAUAUACACACUUUACGGACAGACUCUGUCAGAGCAGCAGAACUUUGAGAAGGCAGACGAUCUAUUUGUGCGGGCACUCAAAGUAGACCCUGAAAAUGCCAACUGCUUUGUACAUAGAGGAUUGUUGUUGCUACAGUGGAAGCAAGACAUUGAAGGGGCAGCAAAACUAAUAGAACAAGCUUUGAAAGUAGAUGACAAAUGUGAAUUUGCUUAUGAGACAUUAGGAACACUAGAAGUUCAAAGAGGUCACCUCGAUAGGGCUAUAGAACUAUUCAAUAAGGCUAUAAGACUCUCAAAGACUGAGAUAGAAAUGGCUCAUUUAUUCUCACUAUUAGAAGCUGCAGUUGCCCAGCAUAGUGUAGCAGAGAAGUUAAAUGUUAAAUUACCUGAAGGAAUGGUGUAGUCCAUAUGCUUGGGAUAAACAGUGAUGGCAUAUCAUCUUUUGACACAAUAUAUUCCCUGGCUUCAGUUUUCAAUAGUUCAGAUCCAAGUGAUCGUAACUAGCCCUGAGUGCAUAACGAUAAGAAGGAAAAGAGAACAAUUAAAAUGGAGGGAGAACAUUGACUUGUAAUAGGGAUGUGUGAUAUAUCAAACCUGACUUGACCCUAAAGUAGUAAAGUCUGGCUCGGACCUUCACUUUACACCCCUCGUGUUAGAAUGUAAUGUGUCAAUUUAUCAUACAUCACUCAGACUCUCUCGUUUCCAUAGCAAUAAUACAGUACUAAAACCUGGCACAAGUGACAUUUUUUCUAACGUGGGUAUUUUCUUGCUACACUAUGGAAAUUUGAGAUACAAAACAGUAUAUAAAUGUUGGAACUGAUAAUGAGGUUAAAAUUAAGGUCAAAAUUCCUGCAUUAUAAAUUAUAAUUUUUUAUACGUAUGAGCUGAGGCUCUAGGCUUCAAGAUAGGACUGUGUGCAAAUUGAUUUUAAGUCGGUCAUCUUAUCAGUUAGGCAUUUCGUGGGCUUUCAUAAGCUCUUGGAAUUCCUCAACACUUUACAUGCUUGUUUCUAACUGUUUCAGUUGCCUAAAAUCUAGUAAGUUGCCUAGACUAUGUCAUAUAUAUAGUAUUAUGAAUUAUUAAUAGAACGUUAAAAAUCAGGAAUCUAGCAUAAUUAAAUGGUUUAUGUAUCGUACAGUUUUUUUAACAGACUGAAGAAAACAUGGUCUGAUCACUCCUUCUCAAGGCUGAGCAUUUAACUGUGCAAAUCGGCAAUUGAUGCCACAUUCUAAUCAUGUAA